GAGAAUUGGUUGCCAAGUUAGAAACGAUUUAGUAUUUUGUUGUGUGAUUUUAAGGCACUGAUUCGCUUUGGUGGUAUGGUCACAUUGGGGGUGAGGGAGAUUUGAUGGAUUCUGCAAGAAGUUGGUUACAUAAAUUUCAACCAAGAGAUCGGUUGAGGUCAAAUACUAGGAGAAAGGAUUCGAUGGGUGGUGAUGAGGAUGAGUCGAUUUCAGAAGAAGAAGCAUCUAAUAUAACAAAGCAGAAGGUUGCUGCGGCUAAGAAGUAUAUCGAGAAUCAUUACAAGGAGCAAAUGAAGAAUUUGCAGGAGAGAAGAGAACGGCGAGUAUUACUAGAACAGAAAUUGGCAGAUGCUGAUGUUUCAGAGGAAGAUCAAAGUAACUUACUUAAGUUUUUAGAGAAAAAAGAAACUGAAUACAUGCGCCUUCAAAGGCACAAAAUGGGGGUAGACGAUUUUGAGCUACUCACUAUGAUAGGGAAGGGUGCUUUUGGUGAGGUCAGAGUCUGCAAGGAGAAAACAACAGGCAGUGUCUAUGCAAUGAAAAAACUUAAGAAGUCAGAAAUGCUUCGUCGAGGCCAAGUUGAACACGUGCGAGCUGAAAGAAAUCUGCUUGCAGAGGUGGACAGCAAUUGUAUCGUCAAGCUAUAUUUCUCUUUCCAAGAUGCCGAAUAUUUAUAUCUCAUUAUGGAAUAUCUACCCGGCGGAGAUAUGAUGACAUUGCUUAUGAGAAAAGAUACCUUAACUGAAGAUGAAGCAAGGUUUUAUGUUGCCGAAACAGUUUUAGCUAUUGAAUCCAUUCACAAACAUAAUUAUGUACAUAGAGAUAUAAAGCCAGAUAAUUUGCUACUUGAUAGAUAUGGUCAUUUGAGAUUAUCAGAUUUUGGAUUAUGUAAACCAUUAGAUUGUAGUACAUUGGAAGAAGCAGACUUUUCGAAUGGGGACAAUGCCAGUGGAAGCUCAACAGGCGAUGAUCGUUCUAGUGGUCCAAGACGAACACAACAAGAACAGUUGCAGCAUUGGCAACAAAAUAGGAGGACACUUGCUUAUUCUACUGUUGGAACUCCUGAUUAUAUAGCUCCGGAGGUUCUACUGAAGAAGGGUUAUGCAUUGGAAUGUGAUUGGUGGUCUCUUGGUGCCAUUAUGUUUGAAAUGCUUGUGGGAUAUCCACCUUUUUACUCGGAUGAUCCGAUGUCAACCUGUAGGAAGAUAGUAAAUUGGAAAAUGCACUUGAAGUUCCCUGAAGAAGCAAGGCUUUCGUUAGAGGCAAAAGAUCUAAUUAGCAAACUGCUUUGUAAUGUAAACCAGAGGCUAGGUUCAAAAGGUGCAGACGAAAUAAAGGCUCAUCCUUGGUUUAGAGGUAUUGACUGGGAGAGAAUUUAUGAAAUGGAAGCUGCAUUCAUUCCUGAAGUUAAUGAUGAGUUGGAUACUCAAAAUUUUGAAAAGUUCGAAGAGUCUGAACACCAAAUGAAUAGUGCAGCAAGAUCUGGACCAUGGAGAAGGAUGCUUUCGUCCAAAGACAUCAACUUUGUUGGUUACACAUACAAGAACUUCGAGAUCGUUAAUGAUUAUCAAGUCCCUGGAAUGGCGGAACUUAAAAAGAAAAGCAACAAGCCGAAGAGACCAACAAUCAAGUCCUUAUUUGAGGAAGGACCGGAAACGGACACAGAGACAUCAGAGCCACAAGCUAAUGGAUCGUUUUCAAAACGUUUGCCGCCGAAGGUAUAAGUCUCUGAAAAGAGAAAUAGAAUGGGGGUAGUCUCCACUGAUAGCAUAUGAUUAUAGCAGCAUCAAAAUUGUAGUCUUUGUCUUCACCACAAGUUACUGUUCAAAUCUUUACCAGUUUUACUCCACUGUUUGCUUUGCACAAUGGACAUAUCUAGUUGCAAAAAUAUUACAAGUGAU